GUUGGUAAAAGUGAAAAUGAAAACGCUAACUCCCGGAUCGGGUAAAACAGGAUGCAGAUGCAGCAAUCAUUUUUUGAUUGACACAGAUUAAGUUUGCUGACCAAAAAUAACAGGUUUAAAAGAAACCUACAUGAUUGUGUAUGAUGCUGAGAUGGUGCAGAACAAUUUUCAAAUACAAAUUUGUGAAACAUUUAGUAUUCAUAACUGUAGUGACAUUUUUUAUUGGACUGCCAUUGCUUUCUCUGAGAUACAGAUAUACAGCGUAUGACACACUGUGGCGCAAAGAAAAGUCUCAAGCCCAGAAAUUAAUGAGGAAUGUGAAUGACCAGAGAAUAGCUGAGGCUCAGUCCUUUCUUGCCAAAUAUGAUGGAAGGGGCAAACUUACGCAAGAAAGUCAAAUCAGUGUUGGAAUUACCAUUAUAACCGUAUCAAGAAAUCGUCAUAUGUUGGAUCAAUAUGAACCUAAGUACUUAACACAAGUUGUUGGGAAAUCUCUUCAGCUCCUUCACAAAGCAAAGCAUUUGAAAUUGUCAUACAGUUUAUUUAUUUGUAAUGUUGAUGAUGAACCAUCCUCUUACUAUGAAUUAGAACCUUUGACUCGCAAAGUGCCAACAUUCAACAGAUUCCAGAACUCAUCCUCAAGACUACCAUUUCAAAGAUCCAUUGACCAGACCCUCGAAAAGGAAAAGGAAGACUAUGCCUUCUGUGGAGAGGAAACGUUCAAACAGAAUGUUUCAAAUCUUCUCCUAAUGGAAGAUGAUGCAUUACCCAAUGAUGAUAUGAUAACAGUUAUUGAUCAUCAUCUGUACAAAUUGGGGCUAGGUGGAGGACAUCCACCUAAACAAAACAUCACAUUUAUCAAGCUUUAUCAUCCAGAUCGCCUCUUGGGCUUCAUCAGCUUAGAGAGGGAACGGUUACCAGAAUUAUUUUGUUUGGGAUUGAUUCUGACUACAUGUUUUGUGAAAGUUUAUCUGAUCAUCCAUCCAGUCGAAGCAAAACACAGAAAAAUCAUAUGGCUGGGCUUCUUUGUGUACUCUUGCAUUCUGGUGUUGGCUGUUGGCAGACAGAAUUUUACAGCAAUCAGAAGGCUGUCAAAGUACCUCUACCAGAUCACACCAGCUCCCUCUUGCUGUACACCAGCCAUUGUUUACACAAAGUCAGGUUUUCAAACCAUCUCGUCAUACUUAAAGUCAGUAACAUGUAAAAGAGGGUUUGGAAAAGACACGGCUAUUGACAAGUUACGUGAGAUGAAUCCGGGUUUAAAGGCUUUGUUAAUCCAGCCUAAUCUCUUUAGACAUAUUGGAAUGUAUUCUUCUCUGAGAGACCAAGUUCUGGAUCCAUUCAUUGUUUAAAGCUUUGUUAUUCAAUUUAGAUAUAUUUAUUUCUUUCCAACAUAAUUGAUUAUUAUUAUAUUUUCGCAUGAAAAAAGUAUUAAUUUGAACAA